AUGGAUACAGAAGAUAAAAUAACAAGUACCAGCUUCGAGAAUAUAAAAGUAAAUGAUCUCAAAAACUAUUUCCAAGACGUAUCUACGCUAAGAGAUAUUUGCGAAGAAUUCAUAGACCAAUUCAAAAAUGAACACAAAUAUUAUUUGAAUGAAGAAAAAUACGAUGAUUUAUUGGAAAAUGAAAAUAGACUUAUUGACACCUUAUACGAAGUAACUUCUGGCAUUAGAGAAGAGUACGGAGAAAUAAUGGACGUUUUUUAUAAGAGAUCCUUUGAAAGAGAGCACCAUAGAAGAAUGAAGGUGUUCAAAGAAAUUGAAAAGAAACCAAAACAACCUAAAGAAGAAGAUAAAAAUUAA